AGCAGCAGUAGGUGGCGGUAAUGCACUUUAUACGCCGGUUGCCCGCCGCUGUUAAAACAACAAGAAGAAGAUGGGGGAGAUAUGACAGCCCUUAAAAGCUUGGUGUUAAACAAUGUACCAGUCAAGAUGGGGCAGACCCUGUGCAUAUGCUCCCGUGGCUCCAUCACCAUUGAUAACAAAAAAUAUUACUUUGUCCAGAAACUAGACGAAGGGGGGUUCAGUUAUGUUGAUCUGGUAGAAGGGGCAAAGGAUGGGCGCUUCUACGCCCUGAAGAAGAUCCUGUGCCAUGACCGUGAAGGCCGUCAGGAGGCUCAGACAGAGAUGGAGAUGCAUCAGAUUUUUAAUCACCCCAACGUCUUGAGCCUGGUCGCACACACCUUUGUUGAUCGUGGAGGCAAGACUGAAGCCUGGUUACUGCUGCCUUAUAUUAGAAAAGGCAGUCUGUGGUCUGUUCUGGAGAAACUAAGGGACAAGGCAAGCUCAAUGCCUGAAAAACAGAUUUUGCAAAUCUUUCGUGGUAUCUGCUCUGGACUCAAGGCCAUUCAUGAAAAGGGCUAUGCACACAGAGACCUGAAGCCUACAAAUGUGCUUCUGGACGAGGAUGAUAGGCCACUUCUGAUGGACCUGGGCUCGAUGAACCGUGCCAGGAUUGAGGUUCGAGGAACCAGAGAAGCCAUGACCAUACAGGACUGGGCAGCCCAGCGCUGUACCAUUUCCUACAGGGCUCCUGAACUCUUCAAUGUAGAGAGCCAUUGCAUUAUAGAUGAGCGAACUGAUAUCUGGUCACUCGGCUGCGUGCUCUACUGCAUGAUGAUAUUGGAGGGGCCGUAUGACAUGGUAUUUCAGAAGGGGGACAGCGUUGCCCUGGCUGUCCAGAAUCCAGUGACCAUCCCACAGUCUUGCAGUUACUCGGAGGGCCUGCAGAUGCUGCUGAGCUCCAUAAUGGUGUCCAAUCCCCAGGAGAGACCGAACAUCAACUGGGUUCUUGACCAGGUACAAGAUCUGCAGACUUGCAGCCCCAACACGCAAACCAACAUGGUCUGAUGUUGGACGGUGUACUGGAUGGGGGAUCUCGGAAACCUUUGCACACAUAAAUGAACGUUGUUUAUUUUUAGCUUGAAAAUAUUUUUCUUUUAUUUAUUGACUUGAGUGUAAAAGUUUAGGUGCAGACUUUCACUCAGCUUGGGGAGCUUGGCAACAUUAGCAGCUUUUAGUGUGAAUGGUCCGAUCCAGCCUGCGUACAACAGCGGACUCCUGUAGUUAUAGACUUGAUCUGAAAAAUCUGGAAGGCCUUAAAUGUAACCUGCAAUAUAAUGCUUUUGCCAAGGGCGAAAUGUUGCUUCUAAUACAAAGCAGCUUUACCUUGUAAUCUUAAAGGGAUAGUUCGACAUUUUGCAAAUUACACUUUGCUUUCUCUGAGAGUUGCAUGAGAAGAUAGAUACCACUCUCAUGUCUGUCCGUUCAAUGUCAAGCUACAGCCAGUCUGUUAGCUUAGCUUAGCAUAAAGACUGGAAAGAAUGGGAUACGGCGAGCCUGGCUCUGUCCAAAUGUAAUAAAAUCUGCCUACAAGCACUUCAAAAACUACUUAAUUGUCAUGUUAUAUCUUGUUUAUUUCAUCUGUACAAAAACCAAAGUGUAAAAAUGUGGUGGUUUUAUACUUUUUGUUUUGUUUUGAUGGAUUAAACAAACAAGACAUAACGUGAUAAUUGCUUUAGAUGUACUGGUAUGGGAGAUGUUUUACCUUUGGACAGAGGCUAGCCGUUGGCCUCUGUUUCCAGUCUUUAUGCUAACCUAAGCUAACCGGCACCUUCCUGUAGCUUUUGCGGUUAAGCUUAUUUCUUAAAGUGUUGAAUAUUAAAUAAGCAAAAGGAUGACAUAAAAGCAUUGCCAAACUUUCCGGUGGAUGAAAGCUACCUGAGUUCUUCAAUACAUAUCAGAUUUCAUUCCCUACCAAGAAGAAUUCUUUUUUUUUUUUUUUAAUUUUUUUUUUUUAUAUGAUUCCUGAGGUUUUUUUUUUGUGUGUGUGUGUUACAUCUUGUGGUUACACAUGUGUGCUGUAAUCACCAAUAUACAACUUGGCCUUCAGCUUUUCUCCUCACCUUCACGCGUACUGUUUGUCUUUACUGGGGGAAAGAUGAGAGGCAGAGUACUCCUCACCUGCAAUGCUGCAUUUAAACACACAGAGGUGCUCCAUCAUCGCAGACCCCUGCUCCACAUAUGGCCGUGGAGAUGUUUCUGUCUGUACAGUUGAUAAUGUGUGAAUGGGCUCUUUUGUAAUACACAGCAAAGAGUGUCUGCUUACAUAAAAAGAAAACAAAUCUUCAAGGAGAAGGGGUCAGGUGUUACUGUAACUGUACUUUAAUAAUAGAAAAUGAACUUUUAAGGAAUUACUUGUUUUUAUUAAUUAACUCAAAGUUAACCUUCACUUUUCACUGUAUUGUGUUUUCAGACAAUAUUUUCCAUUUCAGGUCUGCUUGUGUUAAAUUCUGGGUUUCCUGUCAUGUGUGAAUGAGGUCUCACACUUUUGUUCUCUCAGGGUUAACCCACAUUUUAAAAGGUCUGACAGUCUGAAGUAGUCGACCUAAAUGGUACUUUCUUUUUUUUUAAGUACCAGUGUGUAGGAUUUAUUAGCAGAAAUGGAACAUAAUAUUCAUAACGUUUUCAUUAGAAUAUAAUCACUAAAAACAAAGAGUUGUUGUGUUUUCGUGACCUUAGAAUGAGCCCUUCAUAUGUACAUAGGGAGCGGGUCCUCUUCCAUGUUGUCAUCCAUGUUUCUUCAGCCGCCCAAAACAACAAACCACACUCUGGCUCCAGAGCCUUUCACACUUUUCCUUUUCCUAAAUGCCACCAUAGUUUUCCAACCCGCUUGGAAAAGGAGGGGUGAGCGUAGGUAUUCAGUUGGUUGCAAUCUGCUGCAACCUUACCUUUUAGAUGCCACUAACUCCUACACACUGGACCUUUUUAAAAACAUUUAAUAAAAUAAUACUUUGGGCAUUUCA